AUGGUGAGUUGCGAGGAUGAUUCUUGUCCAUGGUCAGUCCGUGCGAUAUGUUGCAAGGGAGACAGUGUCUGGAAGAUCGCAAAAUGCAAGGGCCCCCACACGUGCGACAAAAUUCAGAAUGCUCAUGAUGGUCGGAUGAUUGAUUUGGUGUUUCUAGCAUAUGUACUUGAGCGCUAUAUACGAGAAGAUCGUACGUAUAAGAUAAAGAACUUACGCCAUGUUGCUUUGGCAGACUUAAAACACGAAGUAUCUCACUACAAGGUAUGGGAUGCCAAACAAAAGGCUGUUGCAGCUAUAUACGGGGAUUUUAAGGAGUCUUAUGCAGAAUUGCCGCGUUUUUUGGCAGGACUUAAGGAUGCAAGUCCGGGUACAAAGUAUAAGUUACUAGUGGACAAUAAUUAUGAACGGGGAACCUGUACAUUCAAGUCCGUAUUUUGGGCGUUUCGUCCAUGUAUUGUUGGGUUCAAGAAGUGUAGGCCUGUGAUUAGCAUUGAUGUAACCCACCUCUAUGGAAAAUAUAAAGGGAAAUUGAUGAUUGCAAUGGUGACAGAUGCUAAUAAUAAGAUUUAUCCAGUAGCCUUCGCCGUUGUCGAGAGCGAGAGCACAGAGACUUGGGGUUGGUUCUUGGGUUGUAUAAGAACGUAUGUUACCGACCGGAGACAUCUGUGUGUCAUAUCUGAUAGACACCCUGGGAUACAAGCUAUCUUUAGAGACACUAAUCGAGACUUUUCCCUCCGGCCUCCCAUGACAGAACAUCGUUACUGCUUUCGUCAUCUAUGUAGUAACGUCAACACUAGAUGGAACAAUGAAACUUUAAAGAAUCUAGUAUGGAGGGUAGCAAGUGCUACCCAGGAGCGAAAGUUCAAUGCCACCUUCGAGUUAAUUGAGAAUGUCAACCGGGAUGCGCACCAAUGUCUGAAGGAUGUGCCCAAAGAGAAAUGGGCUCUAACUUUUGACAAGGGUUAUCGUUAUGGGGCGAUGACUACAAACGUCUCCGAGUACUUCAAUGGUGUUCUAAAGGGUGCUCGUAGCCUGCCCAUUACGGCAAUGGUGAAAUACACAUGGUUCAAAUUGAAUUCUUACUUCGAUGAUCGUCGCAAUAAGAGCAUAGCACAGUUAAAUUCGGGACAAAAAUGGACUAAAUAUGCCUUGGAUAUAUUCAUGAGAAAUAAGGCGAAGGCGGAGCAUCACAGGGUGACAAGAUUGAGCGCGCAACAACAAUCAUAUCUAGUAGAUACACCGCAUACUUAUGCAAGUGAUGGACAUGGGGAUCACACACAUGGAGUUAAUUUGUUGCAAAGAACUUGA